AUGUCCCGCAGCGAUUUGGCUUUUGGCAGAGCGGGGGCUCGGGUCCAUCCGCCGCCAGGAGUGGGCCUCGGCCCGGGGGCCGUGGGAAAGAUGGCAGAUGGGAUGCUGCGCUCCCCGACCUUCUUGGUCGGGGCAGAAAGGCAGAGAAAGAACUUGGAUGAGUUCAAGCGCCGUGAGCAACAGCUAGCAGAGGCAUACCACAAGAACAAGCCCCUGUGCUUCAACGCCUGCUCCUACCAGAAGACGCAUCCUGUGAAAGCUCAGAAGGGGCACAAGGAUGCAGAUGCCUGCUUGACAGUGCCCCUCGUGCUCGGAGUGGCGGAUGGCGUCUCGCAAAUCGAGGACUUUGGCAUUGAUGCCUCCAUGCUGCCGAAUGAGCUUCUGAAGGUAGUGGAGCAGUUGGGCAUGCAUCAGCUGAUCCCUGGAGUGAAGCUGCCGGCCGCGGACACGUAUCGGGGGCCGGUUUCAAUGCUCCGCCGGGCCUUUGAGGCGACCGAGAGCUUGGGCUCCCUCACCGUGGUUCUGGCCGUCAUGGACAAUAGCACUCGCAUACACGGCAAGCUGCAUCCCAUGAUAGCGAUCAUCACCAUAGGCGACUGCGAGCUGAUCGUGCUUCGGAGAGUGAAGGGAGCCCGAAUGCCCCUUGAGAUCGUGUGCCACACUGAGAUGCAGAGGAUCGACGGCCAUGCCCAGACUCCUCUGCAGCUGGCUAGAGUGGAUGCGCGGAUCGACCCGAACUUCCACGAGGCACUCACCAUCGAAGUAAUCGAGAGGGGCAGUGCUGUGCAUUGUGUCUCAGCCUAUGAGGGUGACAUUGUCAUCAUGGGCAGCGAUGGCGUGUUCGACAACCUGUACCUGGAUGAGAUUAUGGAGCUGGCAAAUGGAAUGCUACCUCCAACCCAGGGACAUUUCUCUGAAAUGCAGAUGAAGGCAUUGGCGCAGCAGAUUGUGGAGGCAUGUCAUGCGAAAACGAGGCCUGGGCCAAACGGGCAGCUACGGGAAGCCCCCAUUGGUCGAGGAGGCAAGAAGGACGACACGUCCUGCGUAGUGGCAGAGGUCGUGGAGUGGACCAAGGAGCACGCCAAAAUCUGGUCCACUCCUGAUGACGCCUUUGGGUGGACAUCCAUGUUCAACAACUUCCUCCCCCUCAACUUAAACGGCUGCUGUGUGGCCACCUAUGAGUCCGAUGACGAGGUAGACUUUCGGACACCAACAAACAAGAGGCCCAGUGCGGCUAGCCGCUUCCAGAACGAUAUGCCAGCCAUGCCAAGCAGCGGGGUUCAGAAUGGACAGAUGAAUGGACAGAUGAACGGCCAGCAGAGAACCAACGGCAUGAGCAUGCCAAAUUCAGUACCCAGCUCAGCCCCGGCUUCUGCAACCAACUACCCCUACCAACCAGCACAAACUGUACUCCCACAGAUGCACCAAGCAACCCAAGCCCAGACAGCGCAACAGGCGCAGAUGCAGCAAAUGCAGAUGCAGCAGCUUCAGCAACAGCAGCAUCAGCAGCAACAGCAGCAACAGCAACAGCAGCAACAGCAGAUGCCAAUGCAAUAUCCCUCCAUGAACCCAUACCCAGCGUAUGCCGCCAACCCCUAUGCUCAACAAUCGCUGUAUGCCAGCGGCCAAGCAGCCAACGCGGGUUACGGCUACGGUGGAGGUGGCUACACAGGCGUUGCAACGAAUCCCGUCUAUGGCAGCUAUGGUGGCUGUGGUGCUUACGGCCGUUACAGCUGA